AUGGAUAUCCCAUAUAGCUGUAGUAGCAUGAGCCACAAAAUCAAUGAAAAUAAUAAUAAUGAUACGUUUAAGUUAAAGAGAAAGCAUUGUGUCGUUAUAAGCUGCUUUAUUUUUUACAUAUUUUUUUUAUCCACUGCAAACAAUUUGGAUAAGUAUUUGCACCUAAGAACCACACACUACAUUCUGACCUAUUCGAACCUUCUGUAUUUCAUAUCUUUUUACUCCCUGAACGGUCAGGUAGAAUUUCUCAUAGGAGUAAAAAAUGGAAUUUUACCAGUAGACAAACAUAUUAAGGAGGUCAGAAAAAAACUCAAAAGCAUAGACUUCUUUUUGGUGCAUCAUAUCGUCCAUUUUGUGUAUCAAUUUUGGAAAUACGUGAUAAAAAAUGGCAUAAAGGUGAAUACAUUUUGUAAAGUUGGGAUGUUACUAUCUAUUGUAAAUUUUUUAAUCCAAAAGAAUAUACGAAAUGACUUUUUCAGAAUAGCUUUUUCAUACAUUUUUUUCGUGUGUCUGUUCAUUUUGCAUCUGUGUUUCAAAAUUGCGAUGAGAGAUUUUAUGGUUUUCCAGUGCGAUAUACUCAUGAACGAGUUAGGGUUUCUUCUAACAUUUUUAUGUUUGUCUGAUAGCUACCACUUAAGGCACUCCAACACUUUAGUGAUAUGCACCUUACGACUAAUUGCGUUUAAAAUUUUGUUCAAUUCAGCAGUUCACAAAUUUGUUUACAACGGAUCCAUGUGGAUACAACUGGAGGCCUUCCAAAAUUUAUUUUACUGUCAGCCAAUCCCCUCGAUAUUAUCGCAUAUAGCCAAUUGCAUAUUUGACAAAAAGCUAAUUUGUUUUCUAGUCAUAAUCUCAGAGCUUUUACUCUCCUGGUUUAUAUUUUGUUCCUCAAAUUUGAGGGUAGUUUUUUUCACCCUUUUUGUGAUCAUUCAAAUAACCUUCUAUAUCAUCUGCAAUUAUAUAUUUUUUUCGUACAUAUGUCUGAUUCUAUUUUUCUCUUCCCUGGAUGAUUCGAUUUUAAAUUUGUUUCCUUAUUUGAGAGAGAUUCCCGCUGUUCAAGAAAACAGCACUACCUUAAGCAUCCAGAUAUGUUUCCUCAUUUGUUUCAUCAGGAUUGUCAUUCUUUUAUUUUAUUUUUUGAUUGUUCUUAUUAACCUUGUUCCGUUCACGGAACAAUGGAACAUGGAUGACUUAAAAUGCUUUCACCUUUGCUACCACAUUUUUUAUGGAUUAUACCCCUUAAACAUUUGCAAUUCGUAUGCGAUGCUAACUUAUACACGACAACAAAGAGAAGAAAUCGUUAUAGAAGAGCUACAUAAGGUUGGCAAAAGACAUGAAUGGAAAAUUCUUAAUUUUAAUUAUAAGCCAGGAAAUUUAAACAAAAUAGGGCCCAUUCUAUGGUUGGGACACGUGCCACGAUUAGAGUGGAAGUUUUACUUUUUCCCAGAUCAUAUCAGAAACGAGAAUUAUGAAAGGAGCAGAUAUCCAAUUUACUUUUGUUCUUUUUUGAAAAAACUGUAUAAUCGAGAAGAGAAUUUGAUAUCCCUGUUCGAUGGAGAACAAAUGAGACAAAUGCCUUAUAUGCUGAGGUUAACAUUUUAUAACUAUAAAAUGUCCAUGGAAGAGCGGGAGGAAUAUGAAAAACCGGAAGGUGAAUCCAAUUUGACGGGGAAAUCGAAAUGGGAAUUCGGGAAAUACUGGUUAAGGAGAAAAGUCAGGAUUCUUGUGACGUUGAAACGCAAGGAAGCUUAA